CUGUCAAGACACUUGUUAGGUUCGACGUUUUGAUAAUAAACCCGGACGGCAGGUGGCUUGUGUUAAGAGAAGCAUGAGUCAGGGAUUGUGACAGCAUGGCCACGCCUGCAGAUGGCUGCAUUCAAUUCACACGCCAUGCAGGCGACGUCCUGCUCAACUUCAACCGCCUCCGCAGCAGGAACAUCCUGACUGAUGUCACCAUACAGUUGGACGGACAGCAGUUUCAUGCUCACAAGGCCAUCUUGGUGGCCUGCAGUGGCUUCUUUUAUUCUGUGUUCAUGGACCCCAAGAACGCAAACCUUAGUGCCAUCAGCUUAGACCCCAAAGUGGACCCCAAGGGUUUCUCUAUACUGCUGGACUUCAUGUACACGUCCUGUCUGGACCUGAAGGACAGUCUGGUCCUGGCCACUAUGAACACAGCCAUCUACCUCCAGAUGGAACAUGUGGCCGACACCUGCCAUAGGUUCAUCAAGUCCAGGCAUCAGAUUGAAGAGGUACAGAUCAACUCAUCACAUCUGGCUGAGGAGAUCCCUGCUUUGAGGCCUGUUGAUGAGAAAGAACCUGACUAUAGAAACAACCACAUGUCCAUAUCAUACCCUCUCCAGGAGUGCAGGGGCUUCAUCCCUAAUGUUUUCAGGGGGAUCAACACCUCUGGCUCCUAUCACGUCUAUGGGGACAUUCACGUCCCUGCUGGGAUGCUGGAAGGUACUCAUAAGGUCAGCGACCUCCCGAGAGGAGGGACUUUGUCCCAGAAACAAUGCUCGCAGGUACCCAGCAUCAACAUGGUUCACAACGAGUCCACCACCAUCAUCUCCCACCCCGUGCCAUCCCACCCCAGUUCCCCCACCACUAUCAUCCGACCUGCAGGGGCUCACGAGAGCCUUCAAAGGUCUGUCUCUCCCAUGGAGGAAGACAGCAUUCAGCAUCCACAAACCAGCUGCCUGAGUUUGUCCCCAGGUUUUAGCAAAGGUGUGAUCUGCAGCCCUCAGAGCCCCCUCAGAUCUGACUGCCAUCCCAACUCGCCCACCGAGUCCAACAGCAGCAGAAACGCCACGAUGAGCCUCAGACAGCCCUCAGACUGCCCCAAAGACGCCAAGCCCCGCAACUGGAAGAAGUAUAAGCUGAUCGUUAUGAACCAAUCUCCUGAUGAGAAUGAAAAGGAGGCUCAUGGAGGCGGUGCCGAAGCUCUAGCCAUGUCCCCUACACUGAGCCCCUGUAGGAGCAGUGCAACCGGUGGACACAAUGAGGUCCAGGCAGAAGAGGGAGCCAGCACUCACAGAGAAGAAAUCCUCAUGUCUCAGAGCGUUGACAGCUGCAGCAGCAGCACCUGUAGCAGCAUCAGCUACCACAGAUGCUCCUCCUGUGGCUGUGACAGCCCCCAGUGCAUGGAAAUGGGUCACAUUUCUCCUGACUCAUACGGCCGAGAUGACACCACCAAACUACACUCAGAGUAUUCCUCCUCCAGCUGUGAAAGCAACCUCUACUUCUGCAACGGAUGUGACUCCAAGUUCACAGAAGAAGAUUCCCUGAAAGAACACAUGGCCCAGGUGCACAGUGACAAGCCAUACAAGUGUGACUGCUGCCAGGCUGCCUUCCGCUACAAGGGCAACCUGGCCAGCCAUAAGACCGUUCACAGCGGUGCAAAGCCCUACCAAUGCAACAUCUGCGGCGCUCAGUUCAACCGGCCAGCCAACCUCAAGACCCACACCCGCAUCCACUCUGGAGAAAAGCCAUAUAAGUGUGAGACAUGCGGUUCCAGAUUUGUCCAGGUGGCCCAUCUUCGCGCCCAUGUAUUAAUUCACACAGGAGAGAAGCCGUACCCUUGUGAGAUCUGUGGGACUCACUUCCGCCACCUUCAGACGCUUAAGAGCCACAUGCGCAUUCAUACUGGAGAGAAGCCUUAUCAUUGUGAGAAAUGUGACCUCCACUUCAGACAUAAGAGUCAGCUGAGGCUUCAUCUGCGACAGAAACACGGCGCGGUCACUAACACCAAGGCUCAGUACCGCAAGACUCCUAGCAACAUCAUCACAGGCCUGUUGAAGUCCUGUUGAGCCCGCUACAGUCCCCAUGUGUGUCAUUUUUUGUUUUCCUUUUGCAUUGGCUGCCAUGUUGUUAAAAGAAUUUUAUUUUUACAAACAGAAAAAUAAAUGUAUAUGUAUAUAUAUAUAUAUAUAUUUUCCCUUUAUGCAUUUGUAAAUGAUGCACAUACUUAAGCUCUUUGGUAUUUCAAAGAUUGUAGAAGUUUAUGCUUUUGUUGUAAAUGUUUAACAACAGAAUGCACAUUUUGAAUGUAAAUUUGAGCCAGCAUUUCUCUAUUUCGCAAAUCACUCAGAAGAAUGUCAUCAUUGAAGGACAGUCCUCUUUCUCUUUCAGACUGAGAAUCACUGUUACAGUUUUUCUGUAGAUAUUGGUAUGAAUUUGCCCAGCAAUGUGGUCACCGUUCAUGCAGUUGUUUUUCAUUUGGUUAUUUUUUGUAAAUAAGAUAAUAUAUAUUUUCAGAUUGCCAUCUGCUGGCAGAGUACAAAAAUAUUUACGUUAAGAUUGUCGUUAACAAAAGGGCUUGUUAUUUUUGCCAUCUCAUAGUUUGUGGUACGUAUUUUCAUAAAAAAAGAUCUAUGUACAUAUUUCCUUUUUUCAAUCAUUUCUAGCCUGUUGUUAUUUUGCACAUACUCAUAAUGCUGUAAUUGUACUUUUGAAAAAAUAUUCGAAAAAAUAUUUUUAUUCAAAUAUUUCUACUUAAAGUGUUAAAAUUACAUUUUUAAAUUGUUUUGUUAGACCCUGUGCCCAGCACUUGCUAUUUUUUUUAUUUAUAUUCAAAUUUAUUUGCUGUAUUCUAUUACGUUUUGGUGCUGCAUUGAUUCAAGUUCCUCAGCAGGAUCAUUUUGAGUUUGAUUGUAUUUUAUCUUACUAUAUAUAUUAUAGUGCACUCGUACGAACCAGUUUAAAUAGUGCCUUACAUUCACACUUAUCUAUUUGCUACCUAACCAGACUAACUAUUACUGCAUUAUAACUUUGACUAUAUGAAAGCCCCAGUAGUUAUAGACUGCUGCUGUGAUGCAUUUUACAUUUGGUACAUUGCCCCUUUGUCAUGUGUAUGCGUGUCUGGUACUGUUGUUUUGGAAGCUGAUUAUCUGUUGAGUGUAGCUCUUAAAAUGCAGAUGCACCAGGCCUCAAGCUAAAAAACGCUCAGGAAUAUUCAAUAUAUUCAAGCAAAUGUCUUUGUAACUGCAGAUUAUAUAUAUAUAUAUAUAUAUAUAUAUAUAUGACAUAUAUAUGUCAUAUAAUACAAAU